CCAUAUCCCUCGUCUCCCUGUCCCGCCCCUUCAUCGCCCUCCACAGCAAGACCAACAGGCACUAUGCCCUCGGCCGACUACCUCGAGCUCAUCUCGGCCGCGGAGCGCUUCACGCGUGAAGCGCUCGAGCGUAUGGGCACUGAUCCUUCGCACGAUUGGCAUCACGUGCACCGAGUCCGACAGCUCUCCCUCGCCCUCUCGCGCUGCUCCUCUCUCUCUGCGCCGCCGGACUUGCUCGUCCUCGAGCUUGCGGCGCUCUUCCACGACGUCGCAGACGCCAAGUAUGCGGUGCCUGGCACUUCGGCUUCCAGCGUGCUCGGGCCUUUCUUUGAGGAGUGGACGCAUGUCGUCACGCCGGACCAACGACGGCUCGUAGAGCGCAUCUGCGCAAACGUCAGCUGGAGCAAAGACGAGAAGCGGCGGCGGGCGAGGGCACAGGCUGAGGCGAGGGGAGAGGAGGAGAGUGGACUGGAGAAGGAAGAGAGAGAAUGGAGAGAGACAUGUCCUGAGCUCGCAUGCGUGAGCGAUGCGGAUCGCCUGGAUGCCAUCGGCAGCAUUGGCAUCAUGCGAGUCUCAGCCUUCUCCGCCGCACGUCAACGCCCGUUGUACAUCCCACCUGCCAACGCAGAAGGCGAUAGCGUGCCACCUGCCGAGCAGGGAGAGGGGUACAAUGGGAGCGCCGUGGCGCAUUUCCAUGAGAAGCUGCUCAAGAUCAAGGGUGAUCGUUUGAGUACCGACAUGGCGCGUGCAGAGGCGGAGCGGAGACAGGGCAUGAUGCGGUCGUUCCUGACUGAGCUCGACCUCGAAUGGAUGUUCGCAGAUCAAGGCGCGCAGCUAGUGCUCAUGCAAUGAUACGCCGAUCACCCACACAGAGUCGACGGUGCAUCUCGUGACAUUACUCCUUCGCCUCGGCUCUCAUUGCGCAUCAGCCGUCGCCUCCUUCGCCUUCUUCACCGCAGCCUCCCGAUUCUCCUGUCGCUUCAGCAGCUUCAACGCCUUCUUCUCCGCCCUGCCCGUCUCCAAAGCCGCCUUGUGUGCGCGGUCGUACUUCGCUUGGGCGGCCUUGCCUUUCGGCCGGUCCUUGCCCUUGCCUUUGGCCGCGUCCUUGCUCUUCGGCUGCGGCUGCGGGGCGGCCUUGCUAGAAGCUGGUGAUUGAGUGGAGGGAGCGGCGGCAGCAGGCUUGGCUUGCUUGACCUUCUUCGCCUGUGGCGUUCCCUCUGCAGCCGGCGCAACGGCGCCAUCGGCAGUCGCA